CACUAUUCAAGAAAUGCAGAAGUAAUGGCCUAAUGGGGCAGGUACCAAGGGGGUGCGUGGGUGGGUGACUGAAGUCGAAGUGCUAUUCCAACGGUCGACUCUAGUCUCUACUUUCUAUAAGAAUGAACUUUACCUUUUUGUUAAAAUCUUCAUCUUCUUGCUCAAUAGCGCUCUCUAUUUUCUACUCAAAAUCCCACAACCAGAAAGAAAGAAAGAAAAAAAUGGUGAAAUAUGAAGAGUUGCGCCAGCAAAGAUUGGAAGAAAACAAGAAAAGAAUAGAGGAACUCAAUCUUCCUCUUCUUUCUCAAGCUCUCAAGAGUUCCACUUCCCCCAAACCUUCUCCUAUGAAGAAGACGAAACCUCGGAUUAUAGCAACAGAGCUAGUUGCUGUCCGAAGAUCACCUCGUGUUGCUAAAAACCCUGCUCCUGAAUACAAAGAAGUGAUUUAUUAUGAAAGGGUGAUGAUACCUAGAAGGGUGGCUACUCCAACGAAGAGGGAUAAGUCGAAUUUUGUAUAUGCUUCGGAUGAAGAAAGGAAUGCUUCCAUAGUGAAAGCAGAGAAACUUGAAGCAAGUCUUGGAUCAGACUAUCCUAUCUUGAUUAGAUCAAUGCUUCCCUCUCAUGUUUCUGGAGGUUUUUGGCUGGGUCUGCCAUCUAAUUUCUGCAGGAAGAAUCUUCCAAGAAGAGAUGACACUAUCACUUUAAUAGAUGAAAGGGGAGAAGAGUGGCCAACAGUAUACUUGGCCCAAAAAAAUGGACUUAGUGGUGGAUGGAAGAAGUUUGCUGUGGAUCAUGACUUGUCCGAUGGAGAUGCAAUUUUGUUCCAUUUGAUACGUCCUACUAAAUUUAAGGUGUAUAUCAUAAGAGUAAGGAAUGCCAGUGAGAGUGACAGUACUGAAACCUCAAGCAGUGAAGGCUUUUAGUAAGCCAGGAGAAAAGAAUGUUGCUGCACUUCUUUGUCUAAUAUUUUGUCGGGUAAGUUUCAGUAGAUAACAGCAGAACAACAACAAGGGGGUUGAAUCAAGAUUCAGAACAAGGCAUUGAUGGAUGAUUAGUUUAGUAGAGUACAUAAAAUUUAGGAAAGAUAGUUUUGCGCGACUCCCAUCAUGUUUCUCCUUUUGAUGUGCAAACUGAAAAUUUUCCUCCAAAAUGCUAAUCUAUGCUAGUUAUGUUUUCACUUCU